AUGUCGGGGUAUUGGACGCAGGCUAGGGUUUGACAGAUCAUGUUAUCACAGAGACAAAAGGGCGAUUUGGCUCGUUUUUAUACGGUAACCGAUCCAAAAAGACACAGAAAAGGCUACACGGUCUAUAAAGUGACGGCACGGGUCGUUUCAAGAAGAAACCCCGAGGAGGUCCAAGAGAUAGUAGUUUGGAAACGUUACAAUGAUUUUAAGAAACUUCACAAAGAGUUCUGGCAGCUUCAUAAAACUUUAUACAGGCAUCCAGAAUUAUUUCCACCUUUUGCUAAAGGAAAAGUUUUUGGUCGUUUUGACAAAUCUGUGAUUGAAGAGAGAAGGCAGUGCGCUGAAGAUCUCCUGCAGUUCUCUGCUAAUGUCCCAGCCUUGUAUAAUAGUAAACAGCUAGAAGAUUUCUUUAAGGGUGGCGAAGUUUAUGAUGGAUCGGAACUCAUUGGUCCUGUAGAUCAGUCAUCGGAGUCGCUGAAUGAUAGCUUAUCAGAUGGCAGUACUGAAGCCCAAAAAGACUUCUUUGAUGAUGUCACGCUCAGCAGUCAAUCAGAAUGUGGUGAACAAGAACAACCAGGUUUAUCCAGUGAUAGUGAUGCCUUGUCACUGACAGUAGAUGUGGAUUCUCUCACUGAAUAUGAUGAUGGAAUGGCAUCAAAUAGGAAGUCUCCAGGCAGAUAUAGAAGACUUAGAGGGUCCCCUGAACCAGCUGCAAGCCUCGAGACCUCCUCUCAUCAGGACACGAGAAAAGAUGGAGCAGGAGGAAGCAAAGUCUUGUGGUCACAACCAUUUGGAAGUCUGAAGCACAGAACUGGGAGAGGUGACUACUUGGUAAAGGCAGGAGAGCAGAUACAGUUGGCAUUGCAGAAGGAGGCAGAACAAGAUUAUGAAAGUGCCUUCAAAUUCUACCAGAUUGGAGUUGAUUUGUUGCUUCAAGGAGUUCAAGGUGAAGCAAGUCCAAGUCGCCGAGAAGCAGUAAAAAGGAAGACUGCAGAGUACCUAAUGCGUGCAGAACAGAUCUCUACUCAAUGUCUCAGGACACCCAUGGAUAAUAGAUCUCUUCAGUCAUGGCCUCCAGGACUGCUAAGUUCAAGGCCUGCUUGGAACCUGAGGAGUCCUGCAGAGGAGCUGAAGGCCUUCAGAGUCCUUGGGGUGAUUGACAAGGUUUUGCUCGUGUUGGAUUCCAGAACACAAGAAACCUUCAUUUUAAAAAGUCUAAGGAAAAGCAGCGAGUGCUGCAGGAACAAAAAAACCAUCAUUCCCCACUGUGUGCCUAACAUGGUGCAACUGAAGAAGCAAAUAGUGUCUGAUGACUCCAUCUUCCUUUUGCUGCAACAUGCCGAAGGGGGUAAAUUGUGGUCGUAUGUUUGCAAAUUCCUCCAGAAAAUGUCUGAAGAAAGCUUUAGGGCACCGGAUCCAGGCAAGCAUAGCUUCAAGGCACCUGCUGUACAAGAUGAUUUUACUGUGGAACAACUGAGUACCGAAGGGUUGGGCAGCAGCAUCAGCUCUGGGUCAAGUGACCUUGGAAAUGUACUUCAGGACCAACCUGUGAAUAGUAAUCUGACUUCAAGUUCACAGGAUGACAGCAGUGCUCCAGAUGAAGAUGCUCAGGGCGAUUCACACGAACUGUCAGGGUCAGCGUCAUCAGAUUCUGAAGCAGAUGACGAAGAAUGCACGAGUAGCUAUCUUACAUUGUGCCAUGAAUAUGAGCAAGAGAAGACAGAACCCGACAACCUGCCCCCUGAAACCUUUUCAGAGGUGUCCGAGGAUGUACGUCGAUGUUCUGCAGACAUAGGAAUGGCCACAAGAUCACAUUCUCUUCUUAGUAAUGACAGUCUUUGUUCCCCUACCACAAUUCAGGAACUUCGAUUUUUCACUGACGAUAUUAACAUAGAAACCUUUAGUCCUACAGAGGCCUCUGAAUCACUAAAUCUGUCUAAAAAUAGUCCAAUGGAAUUCUUCAGAAUUGAUAGCAAGGACAGUACAAAUGAAUUGCUAAGUCUUGAUGUAGGAGAAAAAAUCCAAGCUGAGAAAAGUGACUCAGAACAAAAUUCUAAUCUGGUACCUGAAAAGGAUAACAAGAGUAAUUUUGAUGCUAGUAACAUUAAACUAGAUUCCACUGCAUUUUUAGCCCUGGAUAAUUACAGCAGAGGAUCCUCCAGUGAUUCUGUACCAGUUAUCUCCUUCCAGGAUGCAGCAGGUGGGGAUACAAGCAGCUGUGACGAGGGUAGGCCUGACCUAUUAGUGAAUUUACCUGGUGUUUCACAGGACGGGGAGGCAGUUGGAGUGUCUCUAUCUGAUAGAUGCAGUGUGACCAAUGGUGAUAAUUCUGAGAACAGGCUAUAUGAAAAACCUGAUGUUUUACAGAUUAAUUAUAAUAUUGAUCAUUGCAUGAAUUCUCAAGGAACACUGGAACUUAUUUUACUAGAUGAAGAAGCCUCUAGUGAUGGAAAGAUAGACAAGGUCUCAAGGCAUCAAGUGCAGCUUCCUGAGAACAGAAAAGCAAAAGAUCAAGAAGAGCAGCUUGAUAACAGCAUGUUCAUUGGGAAAGAAAUAGAAUAUAAUUCCUUACUCCCUCUCACCCAAUCAUCAUUUUUGAACAUUGCAUCUUAUGACACCUUAAACAUGACCCAGAGCAAUCAAAAUCUGAGCCCUGAUCCUCAACUACAUGAUCUAAACAGCAAUUAUAAUGCUAUUUCAGAUGAAGGUCCCUCCAAUAACAAAGAACUUGCCCAAACAAUGAAAGGAGUAUUUACAGUUGAAGAGCAAGCAUUUGGAGAACACAUAGGGAUCUGUGACCAAGGAACACAGGACAGCGUCUCACACUCAGAGAGUACAAGUGAUACACCAGUAGCAGAGAAACUUAUUGCAAUAAGGACAAAUGAGGACAACUUAGUUUCACAUAUGUUUAAAGAUCUAGAAGAAAGAUUUGUGCGAGCUUCCAAUGCUCGUAUUCCAGAGAGUUGUAUUCAGCAUUGGGCAGCAGAGAUAGUCGUUGCUCUUGAUGCACUUCAUCGAGAAGGAAUCAUAUGCCGCGAUUUGAACCCAAACAACAUCUUGCUGGAUGGCAAAGGACACAUUCAACUAACAUAUUUUAGCAGAUGGAGUGAGGUUGACGAUUCCUAUGACAGCAGUGCCAUAGAGAAAAUGUACUGCGCCCCAGAGAUUGGUGGGAUAGCAGAAGAAACUGAGGCUUGUGACUGGUGGAGUCUCGGUGCAAUUUUAUUUGAACUCUUGACUGGUAAACCUCUGUUUCAGUGCCAUCCAGCUGGAAUAAAUACACACACAGCUCUAAACCUGCCAGAUCACAUAUCAAAGGAAGCUAGAUCUGUGGUACAACAGCUUUUGCAGUAUAAUCCCAGUGAGAGACUUGGUGCCAGUGUGUCAGGUGUUGAAGACAUCAAAUCACACCCAUUCUUCCACACAGUGGACUGGUCCAGAGUAACAAAUGCAAGUGAAACUUCGUCAUUACUGCACUAACCAGCAUUGUACUUGGGGAUGAAUAUACCACAUCCCAGGCUGUCAACCAUCUGAAAUAGGAACUGUGUAACUGACAUUGGGCAAAAUGGUGCAAUUGAAUUUUUGUUGGUAUAUUCCAUUGUUUGAGUCUGCAUUACAAUUGACUCAGGUGCUGUGUUUUAGCUAUAUUCUGUGAAUAAGUGUGUAUAAAAUAGGCAGAUUCAGCCAAACUGGAAAAGGAGAGUAAUGUAUUAUAUUUAUUAAUAGAGCAUAGUUUGUGGUGCUGUAACAUAUUGAAAUUAGUCUAUUCCUAAUGAAGUUAAUUUCUGCUGAUCAUUGUUACUAAUUCCGACUCCUACAACAUGAACCAAUGAAUUGUAGGGUACAGAUUAGAACCAACUUAAUAAAAUAGUUGACAACUUGCCUACAAUGGAAAUCUCUGUUUUUCCUAAAGACAUAAUGUUUUUCUUUACAGUGCAUUUUGAAAAUGAAUUCCUGAUGAAAACACAUUUAAAAAGUUAAAUACAUAUACUUUUGCACCAGUCCAAAAUUAAAGCAGUACUACUUCAUGCUCACACAUCAACUAAGUUCAGAAAUGCACUCACAUCUGGAAUUACUGGAGCGGAGUAAUUAUCAGCUUUAAGAUCUAAACUCACAAUCACCUUUGGAGAAGUGAUUAUUCAAUACGUUAUCAAUGUCUUUUAUUUUCGGAAAUUUAAGUUCACAUCCAUGCUAAGAAAAGCUAUGUUGUGUUUGUCACCUUUCAUAUAGGAAUGAACAAUUUAACCAAAUUAAGAAUAAAUAACUCUUAAAAUCUUUGUGUGGAGAUAUUACUUGGGAUAACUAAUUUAGUUUUAGUUGCAAUGAAAUCCUUGUAUAAUUUUGCACCAGUAAGUUACAGAGUCAUUCAGGAGGGAAACGGGCCAAUUGGUUCACCUCAUGAGCACCAACCAGUUGCCACCCAUCUAUAUUAAUCCCAUGUUCCACCAGUGGGCCUUGGCCUUCUGUGCCUGAUAACUUAAGCAUUUGUUUAAAUAUUUGUUAAAUGUCAUUAGUGACACACGCAGGCACUGUGUUCCAGUUUACUUGUCACUUUCUUUUGUGUC